UAACGCACACACACGCGCGCACACUCAGAUUUGAGUUCAGUCUGCGCGAGCACUGCGUAACUGCUACUUCAGUGAGACACUUAUCCAGUAACCGGCUUUAAAAAUAUCCUAUAGAAACCGACACCAUGGGCGUGGAAGGCUGCACAAAAUGCAUCAAAUACUUGCUGUUCUUCUUCAAUUUCAUUUUCUGGCUUGCUGGUUGUGUAGUGUUGGGGGUUUCACUGUGGCUUCGUCAUGACUCAAAGACAAGCAGUCUUCUGGACCAGAAGUUUGAGGACAUUGAAGCACCCAGCACCUUCUACAUCAGUGUCUACAUCCUGAUUGCUGUUGGUGCUGUGAUGAUGUUUGUUGGAUUCCUUGGUUGCUACGGAGCCAUACAGGAAUCCCAGUGCCUUCUUGGAACAUUCUUCGCCUGCCUGGUCAUUCUGUUUGCCUGUGAGGUUGCUGCUGGUAUCUGGGGAUUCAUGCACAGAGACAAGAUCUCCAAAGACCUGAUCACCUUCUAUGACUCUGUGUAUGACAGAGGUGUUUCACAUACAAACCCUGAAAAAAAGCAGGCUGCCGCUUCUGUCAUGAAGGUCUUUCAUGAGAUUCUUAACUGCUGUGGCAAAGGGGUGUACUCAUUGGCUGAAAGUUGGAUGUCAGACAUCUGUCCUGAAAACCUGAAAUUUACCAAUGCAAACUGUCACAAUAAGAUCAGAGAGCUCUCCUCUGAGAAGAUCUACCUGAUUGGAAUCGCUGCACUGGUUGUUGCUGUUAUCAUGAUCUUUGAGAUGAUCUUCAGCAUGGUGCUCUGCUGCGGCAUCAGGAACAGCCCUGUUUACUGAGACAUGUAGGGGCCAGAUACCACCUUUAAAAACAUCUGCCAAAAAAAAAAAAAGUAUUUUGUUUUAUAUCUUUGUUUUAUAUCUACCAUCUACUAUUUUGUUUUGUAUCUACCAUCAUUUCCUAAUAUAGUCAGUUCCUUAAAUCUCAUAGAACAAAUUUGUGUUUUGUUUAGUGCAUUUUUGUUACCCACCAGCAACUAGCCUGCUAUUGUUUACGCUGUAGCUGGCAAUGAUUAGUUGCAAUCUCUGGCUAUACAAGUAAAUUGUUCAGAAAGUUAUAAACACACACACACACACACACACUCACACACAGAACGUUAUCAUAUGAAGGAUGGAUACAUUUAUAAGCUUGUAGUUUUCUUGUGUUAACUGUUAAGUACUGCUAUUGCUAUUGGUUACUAUCAUUAUUUUCGUAUAUGUACAUGUAUAAACUGUAUAUAUUUGCAGCCAUAUUAUCACUCUUAGACUGCUGUUUGUAUGUACAAGUUACUUCAUGAGAAACCACUAAAUAAACAGUGUUAGCUAGAUGAGAGAGGUCAGAAUACGAUACUUAAUCCAACAGUGAGAGAGUAAGGAUUAAUUAUGCUUUCCUGUUAGUGAUGAGUUGAUAAGCACUAGUUUGCUUCUUACCCAUUGUGCCAUUUUGUAGAGCUCUUCCAACAGCCAGUCUGUGCAAAACUAAUGGCAAAAGAGUGUUGCUCUAUCAUCAUUGUGUUUCACACAAUAAAACUAUUGAGGUCACAUAGAUGAGGGAGCUGAUCCUAGAUUUAAGGCCUUAUGCUGGAAAGUUUUCCAACUAGUGAUGCCCACUACAAUCAAACUGAAUGGCAUGCAUUCUGUUUCUAUAUGCUAAGUCUAAUAUAGUGGAUUGUAAUUUCCUGCAUGCCUGUCUCUAAAGGAUUUGGACAUAUGUAGAUUCACUGCCCCAGUCACUGGAGUUCUUCUGUCCUGACUCUCUUUGCUGUCUGAAAUAAACCAAACCAUAGAGAGGAAUCAUACAUGCUUUCAAGCCUUAUAAAUGAAACACCAUAUCACUUAAUCACUUGAUACAUGACAAAUCUGGAUUGAUUGCUAAUGGCAUUUUCUAAGCUGUCAUAGCUGUAAUGUGUUAUGAUAUAAAUAUAUAUAUAUAUAUAUAUAUAUAUAGGAUAUCACUCUACUGAAAGAAACAUAAAGAGUUUGCAUGAGUGUAUGUGCGCGUGAUAUUUGUUGACAGUGAGUUCAGAAGGACAGUAUUAGUUUGUUUAAAGUUGGUUUACUCUUCCCUGCCAACAAUAUCACAAAAGUAGUUGCUGUAAUACCUUGCUUCCUUCACUAGGUGGCACUUAUAUACCAUUAACUUUGGCAACUGGUGGCUACACCCCCUUAAAAUGCCUGUGUAUGUGUCUAUCAUGUGCUUCUAGAUGCACUUAUACAAACCUUCCCCAGUACAAAAACUGAUGCAUAAAUAGCAUCGGAUCCAAGUUUUACUACAUGCAUUAUGCAACCCUGUCUUGUUAACACAUAUUGCCUAUGCUGAUAUGCUUAAAAAGUGUCUUGUAAUACGUAUGUACAGCUACAUAGUAUACUAAUGACCAUGUGAAGACAAUGUAUGCCUUUAAUUGUGAUAUCUUUUCUGGUACUUUGUUAAAAGAAGAGAACCUCAGCAGAGAUUUAAAUUGAAGCAUGUAAGAAAUUCAUGAUUUGUUGAGCAUGAUCUUGAAACUGUAAACAUUAUGAAGGUGAUAAGGGUUGUUCAAAUGAAAUCUUGUAUUUAAAACACUUCAGGGUAUUUGAACAGUAUAAAAAAUGCUGUAACUGUUGUAUCUCUCACUUGUUUGAGACUCAGAUUGACAGCUGUCACUAAAAUCUCUACCCUGACUCACCAGUUAAAGAUUUUAGUCUGGUUUUAUUGCCCAAAUAUAUAGGAAUUAAAUGUAUUUUAAAUAA